AUCCCUGAGCAAGGUGGUGGGCUCCCAUAGCUGUGCCUGUGCUUUGAGCAGGAGGUUGGAUAAGAGACCUCUUGAGGUCCCUUCCCACCUCAGUUACACUGUUAAGCUUUUUUGAACUCUCCUUACUCUGUUCCUUCUUAGGAGGGAACAUUGGCUCAGGAACAAUGGGGAAGAGAAGAUUUAUGCAGCUUCGUGUCUUAAAAUUAGCUGUAGAUCUCAGUGACGUGCUGAAGGAGGAUGGAUGUGUUUCUUCUGAACCAUUGGGGAAGCAGUGUGUGGUCUUGUAGGCAUCCAGCAGCCAUGGAGGCAUUCGGUGGUUAGGACAAGUGACAUGGGAGAGAGGGAUUUUGCUGCUACAAGUCAUUGGCAGGGCAAUCCUAGAUUUUAGACUGCAGGAUUCUACAUUGUCCUACUGGAAUAAAUGUAGGUGUUUAACUACAAGUUUCCCUGGGCUACUUGAGAUAAGUUUCAGUGCUGAAGGCAGUAGCUGUGAUAUCUCAGUCUUACUCCAGACACUGAAGGAGCUUCAGGCAUAAAUCCAUUUACUUGCCAGCAGUAGUCUGUCACUCCCUGUGGGUAAGUUUUUUUUAACCAGGCUGUUUGUUCCAGUGACUUACUACUUUGACUGACACGCCCAAUUUCAUUAUCGCAGAAUUAAACCAACUAACAGUUAAAUAUUUAACUAGUGCUCAAGUCAAGUUUAGUCCCGCAAGUAAGUCCCUUAUCAAAUAACCGUCAUACCCCUAAAUCAUUUUGGGCAGGUUCAGAAAAUAAAGCCUAUCUUUUCUUUCCUGUUGGUUAUAGGAGUAAUGUGGGAACCACCUGUUCUGUGCGAAGGACAAUAAAUAAAACAUUUGAUAAAGGGAAGAAACAAAAUAUCUGAUAAAUGGAAGCCAUGAAGAUAUCGAAGCGGUUCUUCGCUUUUGGGAUUUUGGCGUGCAUAGCUUUUUAUGUUGCCUACAUAAAAUGGCACUUGGAUUCCAAACCAGUCGUGGGAGCAACAGAAGGAGUUGCUGAAAGCCGGGUAGACAAACUGAACCAUCAGGCACUGACCACGGAUCUCUCAGUCUUUUAUGGAAUUAUGUUUGACGCAGGAAGCACCGGAACUCGCAUCCAUAUUUUUAAAUUUACACAGCAGCCAAAAGAGACUCCCAGAUUAACCCAUGAGACGUUUAAAGCGCUGAAGCCAGGUCUAUCCGCCUACGCCGAUGAUGUCGAAAAGAGUGGCCAGGGAAUAAAAGAGCUCCUGGAGGUGGCGAAAAAGGAAGUUCCUAUGGAGCUGUGGAAGUUUACUCCUCUGGUCCUGAAAGCCACAGCUGGCCUACGGUUGCUGCCGGGAGAGAAAGCUCAGAAGUUGCUGGAUAAGGUGAAGGAGAUUUUUCAGGCUUCCCCCUUCUUUGUGAGGGAUGACUGCGUGUCGAUCAUGAACGGAACCGAUGAAGGUAUUUCAGCCUGGAUCACGAUAAAUUUUUUAACAGGUAGCCUAGAUGAUCCGCAGAAGAGAAGUGUAGGGAUGCUGGAUUUGGGUGGUGGAUCAACACAGAUCACCUUCCUGCCCCGCACCGAGGCAACUCUCCAGACAUCACCAGCUGGCCAUACAACUUCAUUUCAGAUGUUCAACAACACCUACAAGCUGUAUUCAUACAGUUACCUGGGACUCGGGCUGAUGUCAGCAAGGCUCGCCAUUUUAGGAGGAGUUGAGGGAAAACCCUUAGGAGAAGGGGAGGAAUUGGUCAGCCCUUGUUUACCACCUGGCUUCAAAUCUGAAUGGCAACAUGCAGAGAUAGUGUACAAAAUUAAAGGACAGAAGGCAGGUGAGCCUCUGUAUGAGUCCUGUUCUAACAAAGUGGCAAAGAUGCUGUACAAAAAAGUCCAUAAAGCUGAGGAAGUGAAGGACUUGGAUUUUUACACUUUCUCCUACUACUACGACCGUGCGGCAGAGGUUGGUCUCAUAGACAAAGAAAAAGGAGGAAGCUUAACUGUUGGUGACUUUGAAAUCGCAGCUAAAUACGUGUGUAAGACCAUGGAAAUCAGCCCCGGAAGCAGCCCUUUUCUCUGCAUGGACCUCACAUACAUCACCUUCCUCCUGCAAGAGCUGGGCUUCCCCAAGAGCCAGGUCUUUAAGCUUGCCCGGAAAAUUAACAAUGUGGAAACGAGCUGGGCGUUGGGAGCCACUUUUCAUUACAUCGACUCGCUCAACAGACUGCAGUACUGAAGCUCCUUGAAGUGCAGAGGGCAGCCUCUAAAGAGGAAGCCUUGAUUUGACGGCAUCUGCAGUUGGCUUGAUGUGAAGUUUGAUCAUCGUUGAAGGAAAACCAGGAGCCUGCAGGACAUCUAUGAUCUCUAUGAGAAAAACACACCUUUUUUUUUUUCGGAAUGUGCCCAUACUGUGAGCUUGUGCUGUGCCGAAGUCGCUGUAGGAAAUGGUCACUCCAGAAAGGAACUCUUUACCGUCCUGACCUCAGGGUGGUUUUUUUUCCUGUUUGUCAGCAUUUUUUGCCCGUGACGAGUUUUAUUUUACUACUUCCGUGUUUGAAGGUGAACUUUGUGUGCGUGUGUGAGGCAGCAGCGUCGAAAUGCCCAGUGGAAGCCUCAGCCCUGAUUUCUGCAAAGCUCGGGGGCUCUCCAGAAACUGGAUACGGACUCGGAGGCAGGAAUUGGGGCCCCCUACGCCCCGUAGGGUUAAAGCUUACACCCUGAUGUUGGUUCCCUGGCCGUUGGGAGACAUGGGUGGUGGAAGAUGACGUCAGAUUUGCCAGAUUUGGAGGAGAAAGGCCUGGGAGUUGGGUAGAGGGCUGACGAUGGGUUUGACAGCUCUGAUGGAUUGGGCUAAGAUCGAUGAACGAGGCAGGGGCACAAAAAUAAACCCCCGACGCGGCUCGUUUGGACCUCACAGGCGUUUGUGCCCUGGCAAGGUGGAUGCAGGGCUCGGGAUGGAUGGAUUUAGGUGGUUGGUUUGGGUGCCGGCUUCCUGCAGACGCAUCUCACUUUGAAAAAUGAAUGUAUUGUGGUCACAGCGAGCCGUGGCCGGGUAGCUGCUAUGCACCACUCCAGCAGAGUCCUGUCCGCCGGCUUGGAAGGGAUCUCGGGGGCAGUGGGAGCUGGAGAGGACAUGCUGCACUGUUUGUAAUCUACGUGUGGAAUCAUGAUGUAUUUGUGUGGAUGUUUAGAGAGGACCCCAGUGGUCUUUUGGGGGAUGCAAAAGAGCCAGUGGUGCGUGCCGCGACUUGUGGGUUGGUGGCCACAGCCUGGUCCCCUUCCCCAGGGCAGCGAGAGGUGGCACAGUGGCAUGUGGUGCUGCGUGGCUGCUGCCUCUGCAGCUGAGCCUACAGGGGACACUUGAACCCCGCUGUGCUGACAAUAAAACCCCAAUUUAAAACAAAAA